CUGAAACACGUGAUCUUGUUCCGGCUCGCCAAAGAUGGCGGCCCCCAGAGCGGGAGCGUGAAAGUUGUUGGUGAAAGACGCUGUCCACCUGCGCUGGCAUCGCAACCCAGUGGGGAUCGUGCGCCAUGUCGCGACUGAUCGUGAAGAACCUCCCGAAUGGGAUGAAGGAGGAGCGUUUCAGGCAGCUGUUUGCCUCCUUUGGCGCCCUGACCGACUGCAGCCUGAAGUUCACCAAAGACGGCAAGUUCCGUAAGUUUGGCUUCAUCGGCUUCAAGUCGGAGGAAGAGGCCCGAUCGGCACUGAACCAUUUCCACAGGAGUUUUAUCGACACAUCCCGGAUCGUGGUGGAGUUCUGCAAGUCGUUUGGGGACCCGACAAAGCCCCGGGCCUGGAGCAAGCAUGCCCAGAAGACAAGCCAGUCUAAGAAUCCCUCAAAAGGCCAAGACUCCGUCUCAACAGAACCUAAGAAAGAUGACAAGACGAAGAAGGUAGCGAGUGAGCUGGAGAAGCUGAAGAAAGACGCCGAGUUCCGGGAGUUCCUGUCGGUUCAUCAGAAGCGGACGCAGACAGCCACUUGGGCGAACGAUGCCCUGGACGCCGAGCCCUCGAAAGGGAAGGGCAGGCCUGCCAGUGACUACCUGAACUUCGACUCCGACUCGGGGCAGGAGAGUGACGAGGAGGGGCCUGGGGAGGACCCGGAAGAGGAGGGUGGCCGCGAACCCAGGGCGGCCGUGCAGCAGGAACUGUCCGACAUGGACUACCUGAAAUCCAAGAUGGUCACCUCCGAGUCGCUGUCAUCCUCGGAGGAGGAGGGGAGCGAAGACGAAGCUGUCAGCUGUGCGGACGGGAGCGAGGCCGUCCGGCAAGACGGAGGGGGGCGCGCGGCUGGCCCAGAGCAGGACGCGCCGUCCAGGGACAAGAGGCCGGGGGCGGCCGGAGCUGAGGCAGACAAACCAGCAACCCAGAAGGAACCCACCACCCACCACACCGUGAGGCUGCGGGGAGCCCCGUUCAACGUCACGGAGAAGAAUGUCAUGGAAUUCCUGGCCCCGCUGAGACCAGUGGCCAUUCGAAUAGUGAGAAAUGCUCACGGGAACAAGACAGGGUACGUCUUUGUGGAUUUCAGCAGCGAGGAGGAAGUGAAACAAGCUCUCAAAUGCAACAGGGAGUACAUGGGCGGGCGCUACAUCGAGGUGUUCAGGGAAAAGAACGCCCCCACGGCCAAGGGGCCCUUGAAGAACAGCGCCAAACCCUGGCCAGGCCGGACCCUCGGGGAGAACGAAGAGGAGGAGGACCUGGCCGACUCUGGGAGGCUCUUUGUACGGAACCUGCCCUACAGCAGCACCGAGGAAGACCUGGGACAGCUCUUCUCCAGAUUCGGUCCCCUGUCUGAGCUUCAUUACCCCAUUGACAGCCUGACCAAGAAACCCAAGGGCUUUGCCUUCGUCACCUUCAUGUUCCCCGAGCACGCCGUGAAGGCCUACGCGGAGGUGGAUGGGCAGGUGUUCCAGGGCAGGAUGCUACACGUGUUACCGUCCACCAUCAAGAAGGAAGCCAGUGAGGACACUGAUACCUCAGGAUCAUCGUCUUAUAAGAAGAAGAAAGAAUCUAAAGACAAAGCCAACAGCUCCAGCUCUCACAACUGGAACACGCUGUUCAUAGGCCCAAAUGCUGUGGCCGACGCCAUUGCACAGAAAUACAGCGCCACCAAGAGUCAAGUGUUUGACCACGAGACCAAGGGCAGCGUGGCCGUGCGUGUGGCCCUAGGGGAGACCCAGCUCGUUCAAGAAGUUCGGCGCUUCCUCCUGGACAACGGGGUCAGCCUGGACUCCUUCAGCCAGGCCGCAGCCGAGCGAAGCAAGACUGUAAUUCUGGUGAAGAACCUCCCGGCGGGCACCCUGGCGGCCGAGCUGCAGGAGACCUUCGGCCGAUUCGGCAGCCUGGGCCGAGUGCUGCUGCCCGAGGGCGGUGUCACCGCCAUCGUGGAGUUCCUGGAGCCCCUGGAGGCCCGCAGGGCCUUCAGACAUCUGGCCUACUCCAAGUGUCGCCACGUGCCCCUGUAUCUGGAAUGGGCUCCGGUGGGCGUCUUCUCCAGCUCCGCCCCGCAGAAGAAGGAACCCCGAGACGCCCCAGCGGGACCUGCGGAAGAGGGUGCGGCGGAGCCGGAAACCUUGCCAGACAACGAGACCCCGGAAGGUGAAAAGCCAACAGAGAGAGGAGCUGAGGACGCUCCAGCGAAAGAGGAGGAAGAGGAGGAGGAGGAGGAGGAGGAGGAGAGCCCCCCCGGGUGUACCCUGUUUAUUAAAAAUCUCAACUUCGCCACGACCGAGGAGACCCUGAAGGAAGUGUUUUCCAGAGUGGGAAUGGUGAAGAGCUGCUCUGUUUCCAAGAAGAAGAACAAGACAGGAGAGCUGCUCUCCAUGGGAUUUGGGUUCGUGGAAUACAGGAAGCCGGAGCAGGCCCAGAAAGCUCUCAAGCAGCUCCAGGGUCACAUCGUGGACAGCCACAAGCUGGAAGUGAGGAUCUCGGAACGAGCCACGAAGCCAGCUCUGACGUCUGCUCGGAAGAAACAAGUGCCCAGAAAGCAGACGACCUCAAAGAUCCUGGUGCGCAACAUCCCCUUCCAGGCCGACAGCCGGGAGAUCCGAGAGCUCUUCAGCUGCGAGAUCAUUAGCAUCAGCCUUAUAUUAUCCUGCGCGGUGAUACAAGCAGCCAGGACCAUCCACCUUCCCCAGCAUUGUCCUCCGGCCGGAGGAGCGGCAGCCAUGAGACAGCGCCCGCCCGGCCGUGGGACGUGGACAGGUCGCUGGGCCUCCUGGCCGCUGGUUUUCUCACCUGGGGAAACAGAAACUGUAUUCAAAAUUUUUCUUUUAAUGUUUAUUUAUUUUUGAGAGACAGAGAGAGACGGAGCGUGAGCGGGGAAGGGGCAGAGAGGGAGGGAGACACGGGAUCCGAAGCGGGCUCCAGGCUCCGAGCUGUCGGCACAGAGCCCGAGGCGGGGCUCGAACCCACGAACUGCGAGAUCAUGACCCGAGCCGCAGUCGGACGCUCAACUGAGCCACCCAGGCGCCCCUGGAGUCUGUCCGUAAAAAGCCGAGCACCUCACAGGCAUUCGGGCAUUGGCGCCUGGGGCCUCGGCAGCAACAACCGUGUCUUGAAGCCUUGCCUGUUCAUCUCAGGGCUUCCCGGACCUCGGGGAGUUCCUUCUAAGAUGGAACCCUAAUCUUGCAGCUGCCCCUUCAGCCUCAGCUCUCUCUGGUGCCGUUCUCAGAAGGGAGGGAGAAACCCGUUCACAUAACCAUUUCCCUGAGCCCUGGAAAGGACUAGGGAUUUCCGAAAGGACCAGGGCCUUUGGACACCGUAUUUCACGUGUGCAGACAGGGGCUGUGACCUCCCCAAGGCCCCCCCUUGGAUCUCUGCACGUGGUCCCUCGUGGAUCCAAGGGCACCCCUCUGCCGUGCACCCCGCCCCCCCACCCCGCACCAAGCUCUCAGUGCCACGUCCUCCCGGCCCCGUAAGCACACCGCCUUCCGCCUCUCCUCAUCAGCUUUUCUCUCCACCUUUUAAUUAUUUUCCUUGCCUUUCUCCAGACCCUCAGCUGCUUGCCAUGCACAGAACGUCCUCAGCUUGCAGUGCGCGGCAGAGGGAAGAAUUAACCUCAGCCGUUUGCCUCUCCCCCUCCCUCUCUCACGCACACGCUCACAUGGGCCAACUCGCCAGAAAUCAGGGCUACGGGGAGACCUGGGCAGAGGCCACGGGGACCAUCGAGGGACAGGAUGGUAAUCCGUGGGGGCAGAGGCAGGAGGCUGGCACAUGGCGUGAGUGGGAGGGACUGGGACUCAGUCGCCCUCUCUAGCCCUGGGGUCUCGGGUGAGUCACCGGAUCCACGGGAGUCCGAGCAAGCCCUUCCCAGCCACCCCCUUCCAGCUCUACGCCAGACGGGGGGGCCAGACCUCCGAAAGAGGACCCCCCUCCCCCCGCGCCCCGCCACUCCUGAAAGUGGACGGCCCCCGUCCAGACAGUUGAAGGAAAACCGAACGCUGUGCAGUGCAAAGAGAGCUCCGGCUUAACAUCAGACCCGCCCGGGUUCGCAUCCUAACCCUGCCACCUGGUAACAGGAGCUGCUGCCUCCCUGAGCUCAGUCUCCCCAUCUGUAAAAUGGAGGUGGGGAGACUAAUUCACCUCGGUGCUGUUCGUACGUACCCCGUGGUCUGUUUUCACGCAGUCCUCGGCACGUCCCCGUGUGUGUCGGCGGCUAGGUACGGGUGGUCGUGUCUGCGGUCCGGGGCUCCUGUGUUCUUGCUUGUUCAUCCCAGUGAGCCAGGCCCUGGGCUCCUCGCUGCGGAGCCCCUGAUAAGCAAGAUAGAUGUGGCUUCUGCUGUUGCAGAGCUGAGCUCCACCCAGCCUCAGGGGGAGGCAGAGGGCACCCUGGUGUCCACACCAGUGCCCUGGUUGAGAGGCACGGCGAGCCCGCCACGGCCGGCAGGAGCCUGGAGCCUGGGGCAGGGAGGAGGGAGGACCCCCACACCCAUCGGGGGUCCGCACCCUUGUCGGUACGGCACCCCGCACGGCCUGGGCACACGGGUGCUCACCGAGGCCUUCUCUUACCAGUCUGACUGCUGUCGCGGUCUGGUCCUCGUGCCCUUCAGGCACACCCUCCCUGCAGCACCCCCCCCCCCCCCCACCGCCGUGUCCCUCUGAAGCACCCGGAGCCAAAGGACCAUUUACCCAACGAGCCUGCGAGAAAACUCGGCCAUCCCCCCGCCCGCCCACCCGCCCUGGCCGAGGCCCUGGGGCUCCCGCGGAGGAGGAGAGGCCGCGUCUGUCUGUCAUGGGCUGUGUCGGCCUUUAGGUGGCACAAUAAAGCAGGGUUUGCAGGCUGGACUCCUCAGCCCUCCCACCUCACCUUCCUGCUUGUCCCCACCUGCCCAGCCCCUGGGCCCCAGCCCUGCCGCCUGAAGGAGCCAGAGAGCCUCAGCCGGGCGGGCAGACCGACAGGGCCCCACCGCCUGCCCCCUCCAGCCCCUCCCCUCCCCGGGAGGCUGGCCCUCUCCCCAGCCUGGGGGGAGCCGCGGGGGGAGCCGCGGGCAGACGUGCAGAUUCAUUUUGAGGAUUCAUAAUGCCGCAUUUACCCACCAUCCUGCCUUCGGAAAUUGGGCCGGCCGAUGCCUGGUCAUGCUGGCAGGGCCGCGGGUUAACGCCUCGGAUUUAGCUUAUAUCAUUUCACGAGGGCUUACGGCCUUUCCUGUGUUUUUCACCCAAUCGGUCUUUGGCCCUGAAGCAUCCUGGGCCGUUGAGCCCGCGUGUGUGUGUGCCCGGGCGCCCGCAAGUGUGUGGAGAUUUCCAAAUACAAUAACAGCUCUUCAGACGCCGCGCACAUUAAA